GGAUUACUUAAGCUAACUUUCAGAUUUCCAGACAGUCAAACUUCUGCAGUUUUAUAUCAUCCAGCAAGAAGACUUGUGAGUUUGACCUGCUUAACAUCCACGCAGAAUAAAGGAAUAAAGCUUUCCUGUGUUCUUCCAACCGACGUUGAGUGUUUGAAACGAGUUGGAUUAUUGAGGCGACAACGAGCUAAGUUACAUUUAUCAUCCCGGAAAUGGCGCAGCGAGAAAACCAGGUGAACCGAGACAAACUCUGCUGCUCGAUCUGUUUGGAUCUCCUGAAGGAUCCGGUGACUAUUCCCUGUGGACACAGCUACUGUAUGAAGUGUAUUAAGAGCUACUGGGAUGAAGAGGAUCAGAAGGAAAGCCACAGCUGUCCUCAGUGCAGACAGAGCUUCACACCGAGGCCUGCUCUGGUGAGAAACACCGUGAUAGCAGAUUUAGUGGAGGAAACAAAGAAGACUGGACUCCAAGCUGCUAAAGCUGAGCUCUGUCAUGCUGAACAUGAAGAUGUGAGCUGUGAUGUCUGCACUGAGACAAAGCUGAAAGCUGUCAAGUCCUGUCUGCAGUGUCUGGUCUCUUACUGUGAGCAGCACCUCCAGCCUCACUAUGAAGCAGCAGCAUUAAAGAAACACAAGCUGGUGGACCCCUCCCAGAAGCUCCAGGAGAUCAUGUGCCCUCGCCACAAUGAGGUGAUGAAGAUCUUCUGCCGCACUGAUCAGCAGUGUAUCUGUUAUCUGUGCUCCAUGGAUGAACAUAAAGGCCACGACACAGUGUCCACUGCAGCAGAGAUGAGCGAGAAGCAGACAGAGCUCGAAGAGAGACAGCAGAACAUC